AUGGCGGAGUCAUCAUCAGCGUCGUUGUUGUCAGCGAAGUCCGACGCGGAGGUAGAAGAAAUGCUGGAUCGGAUGCUGACUCGCUUGGCUCUGUGCGAUGAUUCCAAGCUUGAACCAUUGCUCGCGAAGCUUCUCCCUCUCUGCAUCUCCUCCCUCUCCUCGCAAUCCCUCGCCGUUCGCAAUAAGGUUUGCUCUGGCGUUGUGCUUGAGAUUUUGAGUCACGUCAACAAGAGAGUUAAGCUCCAGCCUCAAAUUGGUUUACCUUUGUCGGACCUGUGGAAGUUGUAUUUCGAUUCUGGUGCUGUCCCUAUCAUAAGGAAUUUUUGCAUUGUGUAUAUAGAGAUGGCUUUUCAGCGUGUAAAUGCAAAGGAAAAGGAAGAUCUGGCUCCUGAUCUCUUGGUGAACAUCUCAAAACUUUCACUUCAACACCAGGAAAUUAUCCUUAGAAUCGUUGUUAAGGUAAUUGGUGAAUGCCACUCUGGUCAAAUUGGUGAGGAAAUUGCUGCAAAGUAUAAAAAGGUGAACAACUCUCAAGAUAGGGGACUGUUUAUUGAGUUUUGUCUUCAUACAAUAUUGUACCAGCGGGUCUCCCAAAGUGGUGGAGUCCCUCCUGGGCUUUCAGAAACUCAAGUCAAUCGUGUUAUGGGGAAACAACAGUUGCUAAGUAAUGAAAUUUUACCUAUAAAGUUGGGUAUUUUGAAUGUCAUUCAAGCUAUGGAGCUUGCUCCUGAGCUUAUUUAUCCUUUAUAUAUUGCUGCCUCUGUAGAUUGUGAAGAGCCGGUUAUUAAGAGAGGAGAGGAGCUUCUAAAGAAGAAGGCCAACGGUGUUAAUUUAGAUGAUUUAAAUCUGCUCAACAGAUUAUUUUUGCUAUUCAAUGGUUCUGUUGGAGUUGAACAUGUUGAUCCAGAAUCAAGAGUUAGUCCUGGGAGUCCUGCUUUAAAGGCAAAAUUAAUGUCUAUAUUCUGCAGGGAAUGGUACCACAUCAAGGUUGAAGCAAUUGGGGAUGGAAUUUACUGUGUGGAAACUAGAAAGUAUGGAUAUAACAUGGGACUUGCAUAUGAUAUGACGCUAGCACAGGCAAAAAUUGAUCAGCUUAAGUUAAUGGGUCCUGUUAUUUUGAGUGGCAUUAUGAAAUCCCUUGACAAUUAUCCAAGUUCAGAAGCAGAUGCCAGUGCUCGGGAGGUCAAAACUUAUGCUUUUCAGUCAAUUGGAUUGCUUGCACAGCGAAUGCCUCACCUCUUCAGGCCUCGUCAAAACUGCAUUGACAGCAGCAACAACCACAUUGGCAGAAGGUCGAUUAGAAGUCGUGUUGAUGAUGCAGUGAAGUAUAAAUUAAGAGAGGGCAGAAACGCAAAGGAGGCCUGGUAA